AUGGUGAGGUGGGAUGAAGAUGCUGAUUCAAAAAACUUCGGUCCUCUGCAACUGACACAGGUCCUCUGCAACAUUCAAGUCUUUACAAAAGUGAUGCCUUCUCUUUUUGAUCCAAAUUUUGAAGACUUUUUUAUAAACACUUCAGAUGCAUAUCAAGUCAAAUCUCUAAAACUUGAGAUCAUUUCUUCCAUUGCUACAGAUGAAUCAAUCUCAGUUAUCUUUCAAGAAUUGCAGGGUUUGAUCACAACAGAGAGAAGUGGUGUUGACCCAGCAGCUUCACCAUUUGCAAAAUCCAUUGGAGAGGUUCAAAGUAUUGGACUCCGGGAGGGAUCCGAUCUCCUUCAAGUGGUCAAAAAGGUCAAACCUCAUGUCCUUGUUGGUUUUUCUGGAGUUGGAGACUUGGAGGUAUUUUCAAUGAGCAGGUUCGGAAGCUUGUGUUUUGGAGGACUUAGCAAAAGCUAUCAAUCUGGUGCAUAUCAGGAGGGAUCUUGUGGAAAGUGGUCACGCGUUGCUAAACCAUGCUUAUCACAAUCAACAAGAAUACGAAAGGACAACAAGCUAUUGAAUGGAGUUGUGAAUUCUCAGAAGAGUCUUGAAGAUUGUAAAUACGUGUCUGGAUUGUUGGAAGAGUGGUGGGAACAACUGGGAUCAACGGUUGUUGAUUGGGUGACGGUUGAUGGGCAAAAUGUGGCGGUUUGGAAUAAUCAUGUGAAACAACUUCUUGCUUUUUAUGACAAGGAACUUUUGUGAGUCUGUUUAUUUUUAUUUAGUUUGUGUAUAUAUUAUAUUAUAUAUGGUAUUCUUGUUAUAAUAUAUGGGUGUGUAUGUGUUCUUGAUUAUUUAAUGUUUUAGGGAGGGAUUUAAUGUUAGGUUUAGUUUGUGUAUAUAUUAUAUUAUAUAUUUAAUGUUA